AUGGUUCGGAGCAUCAUGGCGCCCAUCUCGUGUUGAAGUAUUGUAGUAGCUUAACUGUGCCUCAUGGGAGGAAAAUUGUGCCUCAUGGGAGGAAAACUGUGCCUCAUGGGAGGAAAAUGAACCCAUUCACGAGGAAAAUUGUGCCUCAUGGGAGGAAAAUGGAGCCUCUCACGAGGAAAAUUAUGAAGCCUCUCACGAGGAAAAUUAUGAAGCCUCUCAUGAGGAAAAUUAUGAAGCCUCUCAUGAGGAAAAUUAUGAAGCCUCUCACGAGGAAAAUUAUGAAGCCUCUCACGAGGAAAAUUAUGAAGCCUCUCACGAGGAAAAUUAUGAAGCCUCUCAUGAGGAAAAUUAUGAAGCCUCUCACGAGGAAAAUUAUGAAGCCUCUCACGAGGAAAAUUAUGAAGCCACACACAAGAAAAAUUAUGAAUAUUUGUCGGAGGAAAAUUGA